CUUCAUUCUCCAUUGUCGUCCGCUUUCAGCUAGAUGAGGGUAGAAAUACCCUACCACUCUUCCCCCCACAGCCUUGCAUGAACUCUCAAUCGGCCGUAGCCCGAAUAAAGUCUCUCCCCCAGCCGAUAACAAAUACGCCAACUUUACGAAGGACAUGAAGAAGCAGAACGCCGCCCUUCCUAUGUCGUAUUGGAAGACCCUGGUGCACGAUCAUUUCCAUCACUCUCUUCCUCCAGAAGACUUCCUGAACCGAUUCGUGGGCUACACCAAAGCCAGAGAGAAAAGUGUUCGAGAAAUGCUGGCUCACUCUGAAACAGCUCUCGAAGAGGUGAAAAGCAAGAUCCAAUCGACCACCACUGAGAAUAACAUGGUCAAGCCUGUCUGUCAAUAUUUGAACAAGCUCGUCGGGACUAUACCCCGCUCGAACAGACCCAAAGCCUCUGACUGCCACUCGACCAUGUUUGUAUCCCCCGAUGUCGACCACCACGGCACUUGCCCAGACGUUGCAUUGAGCCUACCUGGACUAACCAAAGCCGGAGAUUGGGCAACGACCGGCGUGACUAUCCAGCUGAAGACUUCCAUCGAUGGUAUCGACAAACAAAACAAACCAUCCAAAGCCAACGAGCCGGAGAAGGCCUUGGUACAGCUCGCGAAAGACGCUCGACAUAUCAUGAUGACCACCAACAAACUAUUCGUCUUCGUGAUCGCUCUUAUGAAAACGAACGCACGCAUCUACCGCUUCGACGUCGAGGGUUGGCAUGUCACCCAUCCGUUCAACUGGCAGGAACAGCCGCAGUAUCUGGCGACAUUUCUUCAAUGUGUCUACGACACUGGGCGAAUCGGACGUAUGCUAGGCGACGACGAAACGAUCACGGCGGCUCCGAGCGAUGCGAAGCAGCUUCUGACGAAAGUCCUGAACGAUCGCCAGGACGAUCCUUACAUUGCGUCACUUGGCCCUGUUUCCCGAUUGGUGUCUUCGAGUGAAGCGAUCGAUGUUGCUGUCUUCGAUGACAUCAACGAGCUCAACCCCAAAGCGAAGCCACAUCGUAGGCUUGUACCAACCAAGGCAUAUACAAUUGGGGAAACCUUGUGGCACUCGCAUAGCUUGUUCGGACGGGCGACGAAAGUGCGGCGGGUCAUCCUCCACGACGAUUUAGUCAGAGCUGCACAAGAUUCCAACAUAUUGGUCAAAUUCUACGCUCUAAAGGACUCUUGGCGUCAGCGUUGUCGACGACCGGAGCUGGAUUACUACGAUUCCAUCUGGUACUUCGCUACAUCUGACGAGGGGAAAGCUUUCUCGAAACAGGCGGGAAUUGACAUCGAGCAUCUCGCGCGAUGCACCGGGAGCAUCGAUAUGUCACUGGAGACUGUUCCCGACGAGCUCAAACCGGACGAGGAUGUGCCCUGGCGUGCAUAUGGACAUCAGACCAACUCUUCAACGACUGCUGCCCACCAUCGUUUUCACACUCGUACUCUCAUCACCCCAAUCGGCACACCGCUGGAAGAGUUCAAAUGCACGAUGGAUUUGGCGAAUGCAGCAUACGACGGUACCCAACACUUGUGCUUCGCGCAUCAAGCUGGUGUGAGUCACCGAGACGUAAGUGACGGCAAUGUGAUGUUCGUUGAGCAACGGGACUGCAAAGCGAAAGCUCGUGCUUUUCUUCUCGACUGGGAUUAUGCAGAGUUCACGGAGGCCGGAGCCGAGAGAUUCAAAGCUCUGUGGCCCGAGCGCUACCAUGUCAAAGACUUGAUCGAUGUUAGUAAAAGCCUGAAAGACCUCACUGGCACAUGGCCCUUCAUGGCACUCGAUAUUCUCGACUACAACGGUAAACUCAAUCUGGUGGUCGCUGGUGUCCGACCUGCCGACGUUGCGGCCUUUCGUCAUGCGCUACACCACGAUCUAGAGUCAUUUUUCUGGCUUUUGGUGUGGAUGGUCUUUCGUCAUACAGAACACCACACCCCUUCGGCUGUCCAGGACAUCUUCGGAGACAGAAAGACUGGCAGCGGAAAAUCCGGUUAUCUACGAAACCCUGUGACACCAGGCCCGAAAUACGACACCGAUUCCGACGGACUCUUCAGAAUACUGGACACUUUCCACGGCAAAGUCGUUGCCCAGAAUCCUAUCAAAAUCUCGGAACGACGCAAACGCCUCGGAGAAAUCCAGGCUGAGUCCGUGCUCAUGGACUCUAAUACCAUCUUGCGGAUGUUCUCAGAUAUCUUCGCCGACCAGACCCUCGUGUGGCACACAACGGACAAGGCCAAACGUUACAUCGCUCCUCCUCCCCCGAAUGCCGAUGAAUUUCGCUCCUCCGCUCGACAGUCAGACAUGCAGCAGCAGCAGCAACGACAGCAAUCAGGUCAGAUGCAGUCCCCGGAUGGCGUUGAGGCGCGGGAAUCGGCAGUACGACAUGGUGGUGCUGACCUGAACGCGUCGCGUGCGGACAGUUCUCACAAACGCAAGCGCAGAGAGGAGGAGGUGCAGGUGACCGAUGGUCCUGAGGACGAUCCCAGUCGGGCAAAGAAAGCGAGGGCGAGGGCGGUCCCGGAACCCACCGAUAGAAAGACUCGAAGCUACGGGAGAAAAUGAUCUGCAGUUUUUACUCGUAGAUAUUCUCGCUAUCGUCCAUUUCAAAAGUAUGAUGAUGAUGAACAGGCGUGUCUUCCACGUCCACUGGAGAGCUUCACUUUGCUAGGGUGUGCGCAUACAUAAUUUGGUUUGCGGCUUCAAUCCAGUAGCAAUGUUAAGUCGACACGUGUCCGACUAGACUGUCUUUCUUUGCUGUAGUAUGUAUACGCUCUCGCAGCCCUUGCUUGUGGCAUCUCAAUCCGGACUCCCGUCGGACUACUGUCUCAUCGCUAUGUUACCGCCUGUCUAGCGACCAUACCCGCAAGGGAGAAGUUGACAGUCCAGGUCUCACAGUCCUCCUCUAUUCGCCUAAUCCACGUGAGAGCGCCCAAUGGUAUAUCCGAAGGUGUAUCGCAUGGAAUUUCACGAACGACUCAUUCCAGCUCAUGCAAAAUGACGCCAGCCGAGAUUACAAACGUGAAUCGGAUCUCACUGUGCCAUUGUCCCAGAGACUGUCCUUCG